GUUGCAGUGGUGCUGCUGCUCCAUGUCUCUCCCUCUUCUCGAACAUCUAACGGUUUUGAUUCCUAAAACCCCAUCAAACAUCUUUGCAACAAUCUCUUCCUCCUCUUCUUCUUCUUCAUCGUCAACAACGACGAGAAGAGCUUUAUCUCUUUCUGCUCUCUCCUCUACAUUUACACUAUUUUUCGUCUCUAAUUCUUCAUCCAAAGCUGCCACUCCUGAGUUUUCAGAGGUCGAAGGUUCUGGUGGAGUGAAGGUUCUGGACCUUCGAGUAGGUGAUGGGGAAGUUCCCGUCAAUGGAGAUCAGGUUGCAGUCCAUUACUAUGGAAGGUUAGCAGCGAAACAAGGAUGGCUCUUUGAUUCAACUUAUGGUCACAAAGAUGAAAUGGGUGAACCAAUUCCAUUUGUGUUCAUACUUGGAUCUGGCAGAGUCAUUUCAGGCAUUGAAACAGCUGUAAGAUCAAUGAAAGUAGGGGGUAUCCGUAGAGUCAUCAUACCUCCAUCCCAAGGAUACCAGAACACAUCGCAAGAACCCUUGCCACCUAAUUUUUUUGACCGACAAAGGCUGUUUACCACCAUUUUCAAUCCUACACGUCUGGCUAAUGGAGAAGGCUCAACAUUAGGAACUCUGGUAUUUGACAUUGAAUUGGUCAGCCUACGGCAUCAGUGAGGUGAGCUGUCAAUAUUAUAGAAUCAUUAUCUUUAUGGAGAAGCAGUUGGACAAAUAUUUGAUAAUGUAACUAGGCCAUCAGUUCUGUUGAGUUCUUGAAUGCUCAAAAGAAUAUAUGUAAAUGACAUUUUUCAUUUUCCUUUGAAUUGAAGGGAUGAAAACCAAAAAGAAAGACAGUAAAAUAUGUAAAUGUUUUUUUUUGUUUUUUCACU